CCCACGCUUCGCCGUCGAAAAAAUUCCGAACACUUCUUCUAAUCAGCAGCAGACUUCACCUUUUCCUUCUUUUUUCUUUUCCUUUUUCAAUUCUCUUCGCUUCCGAGCCCCAAUCCCUAAGAGAUCCCUUGCUUUCGAUCUCCUUCUCUUCUCUUUGGAUUCUUGUAGCUUGUUGUCGUCCUUGCGUCGUCGAUCAGCGAUGGCGGCGGCGGCUGCGGCGGCGGCGGCAGCGCUGUGGAGGCCACAAGAAGUGGGAUUGCAAGAGAUCUGUGGGAUUUUAGAGCAGCAUAUCUCUCCUGCUGCCGAUCAGGCGCGGGUCUGGCAGCAACUACAGCAGUACAAUCAGUUUCCGGAUUUCAACAACUAUCUUGCUUUCAUCCUCGCCCACGCUGAGGGCAAAUCAGUGGAAAUUAGGCAAGCUGCUGGUUUACUUUUGAAGAACAAUCUGCGAUCGGCUUUCAAUUCCUUGUCUCCUACUUACCAACAAUAUAUCAAGUCAGAGUUGCUUCCUUGUUUGGGAGCGGCAGAUAAGACUAUCAGAUCUACUGUCGGAACAGUCAUCAGUGUUGUUGUACAGCUGGGGAGAGUGCAAAGCUGGCCUGAGCUGUUACAAGCACUUGCCCAUUGCUUGGACAGUAAUGAUUUGAAUCAUAUGGAAGGUGCCAUGGAUGCUUUGUAUAAGAUUUGUGAGGAUAUCCCCGAAGAACUUGAUGUUGAUGUUCCUGGGCUUCCUGAACGCCCAAUAAAUGUUUUCAUGCCCAGAUUAUUGCAGUUUUUCCAUUCUCCACAUGCUGUGCUGAGGAAGCUUUCAUUGGGUUCUAUCAAUCAAUUUAUUGUAAUGAUGCCAACAGGUUUACUAGCGUCGAUGGAACAAUAUCUUCAAGGUUUGUUUCAUCUUGCUCAUGACCCUAGUGCGGACGUGCGAAAAUUGGUUUGUGCUGCAUUAGUGCAGCUAAUUGAAGUUCGGCCGUCCUUCUUGGAGCAACAAUUAAGGAAUGUAAUUGAGUUUAUUCUGCAAGCUAAUAAAGAUCCUGAUGAUGAAGUUUCUCUUGAAGCUUGUGAAUUUUGGUCUGCAUACUGCGAUGGUUCUGUGUCUCCUGACGGAUUAAGAGAGUUCCUGCCACGUCUCAUCCCGGUUUUGUUGUCUAACAUGGCAUAUGCUGAUGAUGAUGAGUCUCUUAUUGAUGCUGAGGAAGAUGAGUCUUUUCCAGACAGAGAUCAGGAUCUGAAGCCUCGAUUUCAUUCCUCACGAUUCCAUGGAUCAGAGAACGGGGAGGAUGAUGAUGAAGAUAUUAUCAAUGUUUGGAAUCUGCGAAAGUGCAGUGCUGCUGCUCUGGAUGUCAUCGCCAAUGUUUUUGGAGAUGAAAUUCUUCCAUCUCUUAUGCCUUUGAUUCAGUCCAAUUUAGCAAAUACAAGUGACACCACCUGGAAAGAAAGGGAAGCAGCUGUUCUAGCAAUUGGUGCAAUAGCAGAGGGAUGCUUUGAUGGCCUUCGUCCCCAUCUGUCAGAGAUUGUUGCGUUCCUUAUACCGCUUUUGGAUGAUAAGUUUCCACUUAUUCGAAGUAUCACCUGUUGGACUCUUUCUCGAUAUAGCAAGUUUAUUGUUAAGGGCAUUGGUAGUCAAGAAGGUCAUGAGCGAUUUGAUAAAGUUCUUAUGGGUCUUCUCCGGAGAAUAUUGGACUCUAAUAAAAGGGUUCAAGAAGCUUCUUGUUCAGCUUUUGCAACACUUGAAGAGGAGGCUGCAGAAGAACUGGCACCACGCUUGGAAAUCAUUUUGCAGCAUCUUUUGUGUGCUUAUGGAAAAUAUCAGAGACGCAACCUCCGAAUUGUAUAUGAUGCAAUUGGCACUCUAGCGGACGCAGUUGGAGCGGAGCUUAAUCAGCCGAAGUAUCUCGACAUUUUGAUGCCUCCAUUAAUUGCGAAGUGGCAGCAACUUUCUAACUCUGACAAAGAUCUCUUUCCACUGCUGGAGUGCUUUACCUCCAUUGCACAGGCUUUAGGUCCUGGCUUUUCACAAUUUGCUGAACCAGUAUUCCAGAGGUGCAUCAAUAUCAUUCAGGCCCAACAGUUGGCAAAGGUUGAUCCUGCUGCAGCAGGUGUGCAGUAUGAUAAAGAGUUCAUUGUUUGCUCCUUGGAUUUGCUAUCAGGACUUGCUGAAGGUCUUGGUGGUGGUAUAGAGAGUCUGGUCGCACAAAGUAAUUUGAGAGACUUGCUUUUGCAAUGUUGCAUGGAUGAUGCUGCUGAUAUUAGGCAAAGUGCUCUUGCACUUCUUGGAGACCUGGCAAGGGUCUGUCCGGUACAUCUGAAUCCUCGGCUGCCAGACUUUCUUCAUGUUGCUGCUAAACAGCUGAAUCCAUCUGCAGUGAAAGAUGCUGUUUCAGUAGCAAAUAAUGCUUGCUGGGCCAUUGGAGAAUUGGCAAUCAAGGUUCGUCGAGAAGUAUCUCCUGUUGUGCUGACAGUUAGUUCAUGUCUGAUUCCAAUCCUUAAAAAUGCAGAGGGUCUUAACAAGUCACUUUUAGAGAACAGUGCCAUCACUCUCGGAAGACUUAGCUGGGCUUGCCCUGAGCUUUUGGCCCCUCAUAUGGAACAUUUCAUGCAGCCUUGGUGCACUGCAUUAUCUAUGAUACGCGAUGACUAUGAGAAAGAGGAUGCUUUCCGUGGACUUUGUGCUAUGGUUAACAUUAAUCCAUCAGGUGCUAUGAGCUCACUUGCUUACAUGUGCAAAGCUAUAGCAAGUUGGCAUGAAAUAAGAAGUGAGGAUUUACACAAUGAAGUUUGUCUUGUUUUAAAUGGCUAUAAACAGAUGCUCGGAAAUGGACAAUGGGAGCAAUUCUUAUUGACAUUAGAACCUUCAGUGUUGCAUAGGUUGUCAAGAUAUCAAGAUUUUGAGCGUCAGUGAAAGAUUAUUUGUUCUAUUUGGUGCCAUGCAUUUUCGCUCUAUAUGCGAGGAUCCUUGGUUGAAGAGAUCUACCAUGGAGUUUGGAGCUUGGUCAAGUGUGAGAUUUUUUUCAAGUACUUUAGCUUAGUCAACGACGCAGAAAA